GAAAAUAAAAAGAAUAAUUAUUUCAUCUCAAUAUAUAUUGGAUUUGGGGGAACGCUUCCAUUAAAUUAGGGUUUUCAUUCUUCUGUACUUUGUAAUCUAUCUAUCUGUUACCGCUUCUUCAGCUCACAGAAAGAGACAAUGGAAGCAAUCACAGAAGGAGUGAACAACAUCAACAUCUCCGAAUCCCACAAGAAGAAUCGCAUUCAGGUCUCCAACACCAAAAAACCCCUUUUCUUCUACGUUAAUCUCGCCAAGAGGUAUAUGCAACAGCACAAUGAGGUUGAGCUUUCUGCUCUAGGAAUGGCUAUUGCCACAGUGGUAACCGUUGCUGAAAUAUUGAAAAAUAAUGGGCUUGCUGUUGAAAGGAAAAUCAUGACAUCAACUGUCGACAUAAAGGAUGAUUCGAGAGGGAGACCUGUCCAAAAGGCCAAGAUUGAAAUAUUACUUGGGAAGACUGCAAACUUUGACGAGCUGAUGGCUGCUGCGGCUGCCGAAGGUGGCGAAAAUGGAGACGUCGAAGAAAACAAUGCAUGAGAGUUAUGGAAAUUACUCGUGAAUCGGGUGAUGACAUUUUGUACUCUUUAAAGAAUUUAAUUUUUGUUGUUAGUUGGUAGAAGACAAGCAUAGAAUUCAUUAUAUAUAAUGUGACUUGCAAUUUUAAAAUCUUAAAUUCCUUCAUUUCUUUUAUCCAUAUAAAAAGAGUGCCCAGUGUUUUCUUUCU